AUGGCAAACAACAACGCAAAUUCUGUUUUAUCAAACUUCUGCUUGAAAGGUCUCCUUGAGAAGGAAAAGCUCACGGGCUUGAACUUCAUGGACUGGUCCAGACAACUGGGGAUAGUCCUCAGAAUGGACAACAUGGAAAGGGCCAUCAAGGAACCACUUCCUCCUGCAUCACCGCCAGGAUCUAAUAGGGCGACUGUCCAAGAUUAUGAGAAACACCUUAAUGAGUCGAACAUGGUUGCUUGCCUCAUACUAGCCACUAUGGUGCUAGAACUCCAAAAGAAUAUGGAUCACCUUGGGGCAUAUAACAUGAUCAAACAGCUGCAGGACAUGUUCCAGCAGCAAGCAAGGCCAGAAUGGUUCAACACUCAUAGAGCUCUGGUGGAUUGCAGAAUGGCACCGGGAAGCAGUGUCAGUGUUCAUGUUUUGAACAUGAAAGCACAUAUUGACAGGCUUGCGUAUCUUGGUUUCCCCGUAAGUCAGGAGUUUGCCACAUAUAUUAUCCUAAACUCACUGUCUAGUUCAUUUGAGUCUUUUGUGCUCAAUUAUCACAUGAACAAUAUGGAGAAAACCAUCAUGGAGCUUCAUGGCAUGCUGAAAACUGCUGAAGCUACCAUGCCGAAAGCCAAGACUGCUACCCCGGCGCUUACUAUAAAGGGAGGAGGAGUCAAGAAGAAGAAGCCUAAGACCCCUAAAGGCAAGGGUAAAGGGAAGGUUGGUUCAUCCAAUUCCAAACCCAAGCCAAAGGGUAAGGCUAAUUAUGUGACUCCUCAAGCAAAAACUCCUGAGGAUGCCACAUGCUUCCACUGCGGGGAGAAAGAACACUGGAGGCGCAACUGUCCAAAAUACCAGAAGGAGCUGAAAGAGCUAAAGGCCAAGGGUGUUGGUCCUUCAGGUAUGUUUAUGAUUGAACUCCACAAUACCUUUACUUCAAACUCUUUUGUGUUAGACGCCGGAUGUGGUACUCAUGUUUGUACUAAUCUACAGGGACUAAAACGAAGUAGGCGGCUGAGGCGCGGAGAGCUCGACCUAAUCAUGGGAAACAAGCAGAUAGCUGUUGUUGAAUGGAUUGGGAGUUAUGAGCUCACUUUUGGUUCCGGUCUUAUUGUGUUUUUGAAAAAUGUAUGUUACUCCGCCGAGAUGGCGAAAAACAUUAUUUAUUUUUGGGCUUUAUAUAAUGAUGGUUUCGAUUUUAAAUUUGAUAAUGGCUCUAUUCUUGUAUUGAAGAAUGAGGUAUUCUAUUUCAAGGCUAGUCCUUGUAAUGGAAUAUAUGAAACCACCAUAAGCUUGAGACACAAUUAUAGUUCAAUCUUVAAUGUUGAUUCGAUUUCAUCCAAAGAAAAUUUGGACAAAACGUAUCUAUGGCAUUGUCGACUUGGCUACAUUAACAAGAAACGCAUCGCAAACUCCAAGUGGAUGGGAUUUUGGAAUCAUUUGAUCACACAUCAUAUGAUGAAUGCGAAUCUUGUUUAA